GAAGGAUUGUCAUUCAUGAAAGCUUCAGAAUGGAUUCAGUUAGUGGAAAGGCUAGUAAAGGAAGAUAAGAAUGUUAUAAAUAAACCUGUCAAGUUGUUUGGAAGCUGUUUAGUGAGUUUAAAUAGGGACUAUUAUCUUGUAUUACUCUCUCAAAACGUUUGCUAUUUGCUUGGCCACAAACAAGACUCGUUUCCUAGAGCUGUUGAAGUGCAAUGGAGUAAAUCUUUGAGUUUUGAAGCAACUGCUAUACGUCUUCACCCAAACGGCAACCUGGGUGCACUUGUAGGUGAACGUGGUGUUGCGUGUUUUUCCAUUGAUAUUUCCAGCUUAAGGUGGAAGCUUUUCCAUCCAAAAGUUGUCAUUGAUGUUGUAGAAAUAGGAAGAAGCCAGUCUUGCGGUGGAGUUUUUGACUUACGUUCAGAUCUUAUCGUGAAGGACGUCUGUUGGCAUCCUUCUAGUACCAGUCACUUAUGUUUACUAACUUCAGACAAUACGCUUUGGUUUUGGAAUGUGUUGAGUGAUGUUGAGGAAGAAGAACAACGCCUUUCUAUCAAACUGCCAGACAGCUCCAACGUAGUUUCUUUUUGCUUUGGAAUUGGACCAGGCUGGGAGUUUUUUACUGCUUAUGUAACGAGUUCAAAGGGAGAAAUCUAUUAUUUAUGUCCAGUGUAUCCUUUUGGUUGUUACAUACCUUUGCAACUUCUGAACUCGUUGCGUCAACAUGUUGAAGCUCGAUAUAAUUUCAGUUUCGAAGGAAAAGGUCCAACAUCACAGAAACUGACGUUCUCUACUAGAGAAAACAAGUCGAUUGAUUCUUGGACGAAACAUAGUUUUGACUCCAAAGGUCUCGGAACAAGUGACAACACUAUUUGGAUGGAAAGUACAAGGCUGCAACAUUUGUUUUUAGAGGAAUGCUGGAUGGCCUGUGAGAUGAAUGAUAAUAUUAAAACUCAAAGAGAUCAUAGAAACUCUUCAUUAAGCCUUUCUCUUGGAAGGACUAUCAGUCGAUGGGAGCCUAGUAUUCAAGGUCCUAUUGUUAUCCAAAAAGAUAACAAGAGCUCAUUUUAUAAAGGAGAAGAUUAUUGUUUGUGUAUGUUGGAGUCAAAAGGUCCUUUUCCUAUUCUUAUUCAUACUUCCAGUUCUGGUUAUGUUCGCAUUUAUAUACAAUUAGAACAAUUGGAGCCAUUGUUCACCAUCUCCCAUAAUAUUUCAAAAGAAAAGGAUGGAGAUAUACAAUUGUCGGAAAAUUCUCUACGGUUUGUGUUGUUCGAAAACAUUGAGCUUUUCUCUAGUGCCAAGAAGGAAUCCUAUUGCCCAUUUGUGUUUCAGGAUUUCGGUGAAUCAGUUUGGUAUCAUAACAAGUGGUUUUCUAAUGAUUUGAAACAACAUGGAUCCAUGUAUUUCAUUGGAACCGAAUCUCAGUUGUUUCUAUUAAGAAUUCCGUGGCUGCAUCUUACUUCUGAAGAAUGGAUUUCUGGUUUGGAACUGGCAACAAGUAAAAUACAUUUACUAGCCACCACUCCAAAUACGAUGGAGAACGAUUCAUCGACAGAGUUGUACAAUUUUGUAAGAGGCUUGACAUUUUUUAUAGAAACAGAAUGUCUUGGUGUCAUUGUCCAUUUUGGAAAUGAUCAUAUGAUAUGGAUUCCUCUAGUGCAUUUUCCUCUCAAGUCGAGACCUUUGGAUCAAUGGAAUUCUAUGGCUUCAGAAUUGGAUGAAAUGUUGAAACAGGAAGAUGAGAAUACAAUUUAUUCACAACGACCCUUAGAAAAGCGUUUUGAAGAAUUGUUCCAAGUCAUUGCAAAGCCUCCACGUUAUGCAAUGGAUAAAAAGUUGGAUAGCGUAGAGUUGGAGACUGGACUUCGAUUUUUACAAGAUGCAGUCACAAAGUAUAGAGAAGAAUACAUCAGCAACUUUGAAAAAUUAUCUCUUAUUCUUUCGGAUGCUUUGGAGAAGAUACCAAAAGGUCUAGAAAAAGUAGAGAGAAAGUUGGAAAAUGUGCAAGCAUUGUUAAAGGAGAGUCAAAUGCAGCUUGCGAACUUGGAGAAUAAAUUGACACUUUCUAAACGAAUUUCCAAAAGCUUGUUGGAAAGGGCACAAACUAUACGAGAGGCAUUAAUAGAAGGAAGAGGAAGAUUGUCCAAAGCUGAACUAGCAUGGAAGGAAAGACUUUCUGGACAAUGGAAGGAAUUAUCUCACUAUCAACAUUAUGUGGAAAACUUGAAAAAGUCGGUUGAAAAUGCUUCUCAAAGUCUCGUAAAGGAACCUUCAGAGAAGCUCUGCUACUUUAAAAAGGAAGAACUUGAAAAUAUCUACCAAUCAUUGAAUGAACAUACCAUUGUUCUUGACAAGUUAUUUUCCAUGAGCACUAAACUUGAACAAGCAUCUAUGAUGAAAGAUAAUAACUACAAUAAAUGAGAGUAAUUAUUCGAACAAGGAAAAGCUUUAAACUUUUUAAUGU